AAUACACGUGAAACAAUGAACUUACAGGUAUGCCAGGACUUGCAGCCUAUAUUGGUUUUAAUAAUCUAUGCUCUGCUAAGGAAGGGGAUGUAGUUUAUGUCUCAUCUGCAGCAGGAGGAGUUGGUCAGCUUGUUGGACAAUUUGCGAAAAUGAAAGGUUGCUAUGUCGUUGGCAGUGCUAGUACUGAUGAAAAGGUACAUCUUUUAAAAUCACAACUUGGCUUCGAUGAUGCUUUUAACUACAAACAAGGAAAUGAUCUUGCCGGAGCCUUGAAAAGGUGAUAUCUUUUAUGGCCCAAGA